AUGGAGGUCGUUGGCAAAUUUAUGGUAGGCAUAACCAUGCCUACAAACGUUAUUUAUCUGUCAAGUAUUCUAGGCCAAGAUGGGCCAAACCCUGAUCACAGAUGCGAUUGGAAAUGUGAAAAUGAACUUAUAUGUGGAAAUAUGUACCGCUGCAAACUAACAGGGCUCACACACAUCUGUGACAAAAACUGUAACCAGAGAAUUCUGUAUGAUAACCAUAGCUCCCUUUGCCGAGUGAGCAGGCAGAUUUUCCCUCUAACAGUGGCUGAGGAACAGGCAGUGAAAGGUGUCCGUAGGAAGCUGGAUGCUGAGAGUUCCCCCUCUGACGGCUGCGCUUUUAAGCGCAGACGGAAUGCACAAUUCCAUCCUUCUCCUUUUGAGAGAUCGUUCUCUGCUGUUGGUCCAAUCUGCAGUCAAAUUGGAGAUGGAAUGGAUAUGAGCUAG